GUUAUGUGGGACCCAGAAACCUUCCCAGCACAGGCUUCUUCCCUUUCCUGCAGACACUCAUGUGCAACACCGACAGCAACUGUCACAACAAAUCCCGCCUGGUGGACCCAGCUGCAUCAAAGUCAACUUCAAGGUCGAGGAAACAGAAGAGUUCUCCGCUGUCAAAACUGAUUAACGGGGAUGAAUUAUUCAACUUCCUUCUUCCCAAGAGCGUUGACAGUGAUCCUGCAGCACUGUUUGAGGUGUUAAACAACUUCUUUGGUUCAUCUCACCAAGGAAGCUCUAAUAAUGCCUCUUUCAUGAACACCAUGAAUAACACACUUCCUGCUGAUCAGGAGAGCUUGAACCAAAUGCUGGAGUCAGUGAACCUGUUGAAGAGAGCCAUCUGUUCCCUGACGCUGCCCAUGAUAAACACCUCGUCAUCGGACAGUAUCUCCUAUGCUGUGGUCACUUUCUGCACUUCCAACAACACUCUUUUUGAAGUCUCGCUCAACACAAUCAACCAGAUACUGACGCAGCUGAUGAUGAAAGAGCCUGAUGAGAUGAUGACGUUGGCUGGCGUGGCGGUGUUGGUGUUCGAUAAGCUGCAAAGUCAGACCCCACUGUGGGAAACCCUUCUUGCCAUUCCCCAGCUCCUCAAUUCUGGUUCCAUCGACCAAGGGCUGGACAGCGCUGAGGUCCUACUCAGCAACUUUCAGGGUUCUCUGCAUGUCAUCGAGAGCAAUUUUCCUGAAGCAGGUGCCUCACUUUCCACGGUGCAUCCACUGCUUGCGGGAGGUAUCAACCUCAUCAACUAUGCUCAAAACUGGCCUGGCAGAG